AUGGUUGCCGUGCGCUUAAAGCAGAAGGCAUCGAUCCAUCUGACCAGGAAUUCUGUUGCUCCUCACGGAUGGCCGCCACCGGACGUAGUGCGCACCAAUAUUCAGCGUACAACGGACGGCAGGCUUAGCACGCCAGUAGAGCUGUAUACCAAGAUCAAGGACUCUCUCGAAAACGGCCAGUUCAAGACUGUCAUCACCGAUGACGAGGCCUGCCUGAUCGCGCACGCAUUCUACAGUCGAGACGACUAUUCUCUGUCGAGGGCUAUUAUAGCGAUCUACGCUAUCCCGGGGUUCGGAUACGCACUCAGCCUAGUAUCACGCCGCCUCGGACUGGACAUUACUGUCUUCAAAGCUUGCGGGGAACGCUCGCUCGAGGUUGAAUACAGCAGCUUCAUUUCCCCCGAACCGCCAGCUACCACUUCGGAGGCACCACAGGAGCAGUACCGACUUGGCAAUCUGUCCGAGGACGAGAAGGGAGUUUGCCGCGCACAGGCCGAGGUGAUACGCCGCGAGGCCUGGGCUGUGUACGAAACAAGGCUCGCCUGCAAGGACGCGGAGCUACCGUAG